CAUGCCGAGGAUCACAAUUUGGCAAAGCCACUGUUUGGGACAGAAUGGAGUGCUGGUGAAACACGGGCCUUUGUGUUGCUCCGUAUCUCAGUUUGGUGCUUCGGCGACAUCGUGAACACUAUAAUGGACUCGGACAUUUCCGGUGACGGCGGAACAAACCACAGCCAUGGGGUCAGUGGUACCGGCGGGCCGAUGAGCGCAUCCUCCCGGCCACGGGAGCAGCAGGACGGGGACGCGGCGGCAGCAGCAGCGAUGUCGUUACCGGGGAUUUUACACUUUAUUCAGUAUGAAUGGGGUCGUUUUCAGGCAGAAAAAUGCCGCUGGGAAGCCGAGAGGGAGGAACUAAGGGCACAGGUGGCAUUUCUUCAGGGAGAAAGAAAAGGUCAGGAGAGCAUGAAGCAAGAUCUGGUGAGGCGGAUCAAAAUGCUAGAGUACGCCCUUAAACAAGAACGGGCCAAAUACCAGAAACUGAAAUCUGGCACUGAUCAGAGCCCAGAGAAGAAGCCAGAGACUAAGAAUGAACCAAUUCCCAAUGGUCAAGGAGAAUUUGACACUGAGACAGCUCAUCAAAUGGCAUGGAAGGAGGGUCGCCAGUUGUUGCGCAAGUACCUGGAGGAGGUGGGUUAUUCUGACACUAUACUGAACAUGCGCUCCAAACGAGUCAAGUCUCUGUUGGGUCGCUGUAGCCCAGAGGUAAAUGGGCCUCUGCCACAAGAACCUUCCCCAGAUCCCAAGCCCCAUGGAGGAGGAGACUCCCUACUUGUACGCCAGAUAGAGGAGCAGAUCAAAAAAAAUGCUGGCAAAGAAAGUUCUACAGAGCACACUGGCAGGUCAGUUUUGGAUAAAAUUCAUUUCCUGCGUAGCUGUGAUGAUGAAGAUGACAGUGAUGAAGAUGAUGAUUUCCAGGGAAUAGCCACAGAUUGCAUUGAUGGACCACAUAAAAACAAGAAAUCCAGAGGCAAGAUAUUUGGAGAACCCAUGACCACAGGUCUAGACCCUGAGGAUGAAGAAGAUGAGGAGGAUGAUUCAGAAGAUGCCCUCAGUGAAUUUGACUUUCUGGGUUCAGGAGAAGAGGGUGAGGGAGCUGGGGAGGCAUGCGUUUCAGGAGACGGCCGUGAAUUAGGAUGCACUCUGGGUUUCUCAUCUGAUGUUUUCAUACUGGAUACAGUUGGAGGAGGAGACAUAAAUCUUGGCGAGUUGGCUGACCUUACUGUCGCUAAUGACUUUACCAUUGAUCACCAGGACAGUCAGGAAGAGUUUAAGAAGACAUGGAAUCCACGCUUUACUCUCCGGAGCCACUUUGACGCUAUCCGAUCACUGACCUUUCACCCAACUCAGCCUGCACUGUUGACCGCUUCAGAGGAUGGAACACUAAAGCUUUGGAACCUGAACAAGACAAUGCAUUCAAAAAAGGGAGCAGCACUGGAUGUUGAACCUAUUUACACUUUCCGAGGACAUAAUGGAGCAGUCCUCUCUUUAGCCAUGGGAGAGGAAGGGAAGUAUUGCUACAGUGGAAGUCUGGAUGGAAGCAUACGUUGUUGGAAAUGUCCAGAUCUUAAUGUGGAUCCUUAUGACAACUACGACCAAGGUGUUGAGAGUGCCGUGUUAUUAGGACAUGAAGAUUCAGUGUGGGAUCUGGUGUAUUCAUCCAACCUAAAGCGUUUGGCCUCCUGCUCCGCAGACGGCACUGUGCGUAUCUGGGAUCCUCAGAGCUCCACACCCUGUAUUAGUGUUUUAAAUAAAUCCAAAGAACGUGGAACACCUAGUUCCAUUGCCUUUGGGAGCGUAGACACGUCCCAGGCUGUUGUGUCCUUUGCUGGUGGUGAGACAGUCCUCUAUGACCUCCACACAGAGCAAAGCAUCAUGGUCCUAGAAACCCAGACAAAGGAUGAGAAUCAGCUGAUUAACUGUGUGGUCAGCCAUCCAUCCCAACCCAUCUCAAUCACUGCCCAUGAGAACCGUACCAUCCGCUUUAUGGACAACAAGACAGGGAAAGUGAUUCACUCCAUGGUGGCUCAUUUAGACGCAGUCACCUGCCUAACCACUGAUCCUAAAGGCAGUUACCUCGUCUCUGGCAGUCAUGACUGUUCUGUUCGCUUGUGGAUGCUGGAUAAUCGCACAUGUGUGCAGGAAAUCACAGCCCACAGAAAGAAGCAUGAUGAAGCUAUCCACGAUGUGGCUUUUCACCCUUCACAACCUCUGAUUGCCAGCGCUGGAGCUGAUUCCCUCGCAAAGAUCUUCAUUUGACCGUGUCAUCACAGUUAAUUCUCAGAAAUAAUUGGUUAGUGUAAAUAGGGCUUUCCCAAACCUAAACAGUUAACACUAAGGUUGGUGACUAAGCUCAGGCAAAACCUGUAAGGCAGUAAACUAAUCAAACACCUUAAAUGUUCUUCCUGUCACCGCAGCACCAGUGAUGCACCAAUAUGAAAAUCGCUGGACGAUACUGGUUACUGGAUUCAGUAUUUUCCUGCCAGACUUAUAUAAUGUUACACUACAUUCUCUUAGACACACACCACAAGGUUAAACCUUUACCUGGUGUGACACGUCCUCAUAUGGCUGCAAAUAAAAUAUAUUACCACAGGGACAAUUGGGUUUAAUUAACAGUUUAGGUGAACGAAUUACAGUAUUUUUCAAUUCUGGGUUCUUAAAAAAAAACAAAAAAAAAAAGAACUUUUAAUGAGCUUGUAAUUUUAUUCUCCACAGACAAAGUGUACAGUUCCAAAGUUCAAAUAAACCAUAAAAGGUGAAAACCAGACAUAUUUAAACAAUUUACAUUUACAGUAUAUGGGGGAAGCCACCAUCUGUAGUUUCUCCUCUGCACUCCUAUUUGGUGCAUAGAUGGCAGUGUACAUGUACAAUAGUGUAUGAGCUAUACAUGAGUCACGGUUCACCUGAAUGUUGACAGUGCAUAAAUGAUGUAUGGAUAUCUUUGGCACACUACUAAUUUGCAUGCCAUGACUGUUAAAAUCUUAAAAUAGAUAAAAAUUAUCUAUUAAAGAAUAUAGCUAUCAUGAAUUAAGCAAAGCUCAGAUCUAAAUUGCAUUGUUUAUAUGACUGAAUAAGAUAUUGUACAACUUUGUUGGUUAUUGCAUCACUAUUGUGUGUUUUCCCUUCAUCACGCUCAGUCCUGGGCCAAAAAUGUGCCAUUCAGUACCAUCCAAAAUCCACACACCGUUGUAUUACUGCACACACAGAAAACUGAAUGGCCUGGACUACAUAUCCAUAAUACCAUCGCUUCCCUUUGUUUUGAAAUUCUGUAGUAGUUACUUUAUCUCGUUGUCUUUCAGCCUGUUUAGUGUGUUGAUGUACCAUCAUUGGAACACACAGUCGACUGACUUGUACAUGCGUUAGUCAUAUCAUCAUAUUUGUGUGUUGAUUAGAUUUCAUACUUUCAUAUCCUUUAUGAUGUAUUUUUAAUAACCUGCUUGUUAAGGCUUGGUGUUUUAUAUCUGUAGCCAGAGAACAUUAGCUGAGUUGACUGGGCUGCACAGUGAUAGAUUAUCUGUGCUGUUCACAGCCCACUGUCACAAAUAUUGGUGCUAAAUUAUUCAGUAUCAGGGAAGUGUUGCAAGUUUUCUUUAUCUCAAGCCUACAGCUGGUUUAAACCUGCCUUUGCUCUAAACCACAACAUUUUCUCAGUGUGUGCUUUGUUUUUUGAUCUGGAACAUGAACAAAAGAGGGAAUGCAAAAGGUAGAAUAAAAAAGAGAAAGAAAGUAAAAGAAGGUGAACGCUUCACCAGUUGCAGUUCCUCAUUCUAAGGCCUAUUAUUUUAAAACUACUUUUAUUUGAGAAAACACUUUUUCUGUUGCAGUUAAACUGUAAUGCAAACUAUUAAACACUACAUUUGGAGACACGG